AUGAGUGGCAACGGCAAUCAAGUGCCGCUGGCGCCAAGUCAGCGUGGUCCCGGACCAUAUCCUCGGGCAUCCACACCACACAAUGAGUUGAAUUGGCAUCACUUAGGACCGGAAUGCUACCAUCCGUCGGGAGCCGCGGGCGGCGCCUACAUGUCCGGCGCGAGUGGCACGCAGGGUUCUGCGCAGAGCAUGAGGGGCCAGCCUGCGCCACAGCCCUCUGCGCCGCCGGCGCCGCAGCAAGACAUCUCAAAAACAACUAUGGCGGGUCCAAGUUACGUUUCACCACAAAAUCAAACGCCACCGUCGCGUCCACAGUAUCCAAAUUACCAGUAUCGAGCAUCGCAACACGGGAACAGGCCUGCCACUCACCCAAGACAGCAGCAGCCGUACAUGGGUGGAGCUGGUGCGACGGCUGCUGGUCCAGUUAUGUUCCACCCCACACUAGUCUUCCAGCCCCACAUGGGGCUCCCACAAACAUAUCCACAGCCCAGAUCUAGCACACCUGGGAAGUCGCAGUUUAUGGAUCACGGGUAUUACCCUUAUAUGGCGGCACCGUACAUAAGCUAUACCACUCCAGCAGGUCACACACCACCCUAUUAUUACACGUCCAACGGACAGCAGAUAGGCGCGGGUAACGUGGGAGGUGCUGGGCGGGGCGGCUCGGGCGCGCUGGUGCCGCAGCAACCGGCCGCGCCCGCCGCCCCCAACGCCCUCCCACACCAGCCCCCGCAGUCCCAUAUACAUCCUAUAACUGGUAUACGUCAAACACCUCCUAAGCGUACUUCCCACAGACUGGCUAUUAUUAAUCCUUUAACGAAGCAAGAUAUAUUCUCAGAAAUUAAUUCUAGUGAUAGUCAAUACGUUAGUGGUGAUUCUAGUGAACGACAAACGCCUCAACCGGAGCCAGUGCACAAUAGUGCCGUCGAAGAGUUCACGAGGAGAGUAAGCGAAGUUGCCAACCAGGCGUCUGCGAGUGAUAGUGCUAGUAAAUCGAACUUUGUUUCUAAGAAUGUAGAAGUGCCUGCUACGACUGCAAGCUCCAAUAUUCAACCUCAUUCAAAUGCAAUAAGUACUAUUAAUAAUAAUAUAGUAAAGUCUGAAAUAUUAAAUGAUAACGAAAAUAAAAACUUAGGAAGUGAAAUAGUAGAGUCCAACGAAACGCCGGUAGUUUCCGCUAUAUCGGACAGUCCUGUCGUAGUGCCUAAAAUGCCUAUCAAUGUUAAGCAAAUUCAAAAGAGUAUGGAACUGAUACAACCUUUACCUGUAGAUAAUAAGAAUUUACCGAAUAAUAAGCAACAAAAACAAAAUAAAAACAAACCAGUUGUGCCUCAAGACGAAAUAGAAAAGCAAUCAGAUAAUGUGAAUUCUAUAGUUCCUCAAACGUUGGCUGUGCAAGCGGUUGUGACGUCGGCCCCUGCACAGUCAUCGGCGAUAUUAGCGUCGCCAGUUAAUGUAUCGAUGUCAUCGUCUACACUCUCGACCGCAUCUACGAACCCCGUUACGUCUGUGAUCGUCCCACCCGCGCCUUCUGCAGCGCCCUCUACGGUUCCUUUAACUUCCGUUUCCGCCCCUGCGCCCCAACCACAGCGAAUAAGGGAGCCGAGGGAAAGAAUCAGAUCGGAAGACAAAGAUAAAUCCUCAAUAGCCAAAGCAAACUUACCAGACAACACCCCUAAACCCAACGGACCCACUUCAGUUGUGCCACAUAUUUUAUUUAGUCUAACAUUCACAGAGAUUAGUUCAGUUGAUAGUUUACUGGACACUAUCAAUCCUUCAACUAGUCAAGUAAGUCAAAUUAUUGGGACAGAAAUAAAAGAAGAAAAGCAAUUGUCAGAAAAUCUUGAGACUGAAUUACCUAAUGUUGACAAGGAGCCUGAGGUUGUGAUAAACAGAGAGCCAACAUUCCUUGUCAAAUCUGCACCCACUGCCACUGAACUUUUAUCAGCCAGCAUUGAAAAGGUUGCUAAAGAGCAACCAAUAAACGAAGUUUCAACAAAAAAAGAAGAAUCUAGCGCAAUUCAAGCUCAAGCUAAACUUACCCAAAGCAUAGCCAGUGUUGCACGAAAUCACCCUGAAUCUAAAAUGAAAGAUAUUAAUCUUAAUAAUAAGACAUCAGAUCCAGAUACUGCCAAUGGAAACUCCACUGAAGUAAGCAAGGUUGAGACUGUUAAAGAUGAAGUAACUAAAAAUGAUAAAGCAAUAAAAAAUACAAAGAAUAAUAAUAAGAAAUCAAACAAAAUGUCAAACAAUGAACUAAACAUGAACAAAACUGAAUCAUAUGAAAAUGGUAAAGAAGAGACUGGUAAAAUAAGUAAAGAACAGGAAAAUAAUAUAACUCAAGAUGAAGAAAAGCCCGCUGAUACUGAAAAGCCUGAGCCUGCAUCAGCACCAUCUGUAUUUGUUCCCAAAUAUAAAUACUCAGAUGAUCAAUGGUCCCCAUUGAAUAAAUCUGGCAAGAAAUAUUAUGAUAUUGGGCUUCUUAUGCAAAUAAAAGAUGAUCCUCUUUCUAAGAAUAAACCUAAUGCUCCAUUAUUGGAAAGCUGCAAUGUUAUAAAGUCACCCAUUCAGGAAACAAUGACAUUCAAUCCUAUUUCAAGACCUAUGAAUGAUUCUCUUUUCCCAACUUUCUUGAAAAAUUCUGGAUCUGUUAGGAGUAAUACACCAAGAGAGCCUAAGAAGGAAGGAAGACUCAUGCCUCAAGGUGGCAAAGGUAGUGUGAAGCUGCCAUCUUCUAGCAGUUCCCACAAAAAUGUCAUCCAUGUAUCUCUAUCCCUGAGAGAAGAUGUAAAACUUAACCAAACAAAGGAUGCUUGGAGACCUACAAGAUUUAAGAAGGAAACCUUAACUGAAGAAGAAUUUAAAACACAGGAUUUGUACAAGAAAUUCCGUGGUAUAUUAAACAAACUUACACCACAAAAAUUCGAUACAUUAUUAGAUAAAGUAAAAUCUUUGGAAAUCACCACUCAAAGUCGAUUAGAAGGUGUCAUUGAUUUGGUCUUUGAAAAAGCUAUUGAUGAACCAAAAUUCUCAGAAGCCUAUGCUGCUAUGUGCAGCAAACUUUCAAUGUUGAAGGUACCAGCUAACAAUGCGCCAGAUCAGUGUGUAAAUUUCCGAGCAUUAAUUAUCAGCAAGUGUCAAAAUCAGUUUAUUACAGACAAAGUAGAUGAGCACAUCUUAAAAUUGGAAAAAGAUUUAAAUGAAUGCAGUGAUCCUGCGAAAAAGAAAGAAUUGCAACUAUUACUCGAAGAAGAGAGCAGACGUGUCAGAAUGAGAUCUGUUGGAAAUGUCAGAUUCAUAGGUGAGCUGUAUAAAUUAAAAAUGCUGACAUCGAAAAUUAUGGUCUACUGCAUGACUUACUUGAUAGAGAAACCAGAGGAAGAGAAACUAGAAUGUCUUUGCAAAUUACUCACUACCAUCGGCGAACAAGUCGAAAGUGAAGUAAAGGAGCAAUUGGAGAUUGUUUUCAAGAAGAUGCAAGAUAUUGUUGACCGCAAAUCAAACAAGAUCAGCAGUAGAGUGCGGUAUAUGAUACAGGAUGUCAUUGACCUCAAGAGAAGAAAAUGGGUAGCUAAGAAUGUUGUGGACUCACAGCCUAAGAUGAUGGAUCAAAUUCAGAAAGAGGCAGAACAGCAUCAAAGAAAUAUUGAGCUGAUGAACUCAAAUCCAAUGGGUGGUGGAGGAUUCCGUCGAGAAGAUGGCGGUCGCGGUAAGCGCGGUGGUGAGAGACGUCAGGGCUCCAACUCAUUUAUGGAUAAUCAGUGGAAGGCCCCACGCCCUACUAACUACACUGUUGAUACCUCCAAAUUCAAGGCUGUAACUCAAAAGAGUCUUAGUAAUAUUAAAUUGGCUCCACAAAACUUGGGAUGGAACCAUGGCUCAGGAACAAAGACUCCAGCACAGACAAGCAGCAAUUCAAUGAUUAGUAUUUCUAAAAACAUGUAUAGUGUUUUAGAAAAUGCUCAAGCUGAUCCAACAUCACUUAGAACAAACAAGGACUUAACACCAAGUUAUCAACAUUCUAAGUCAAUUGAGAGAUCGACUUUCAAUUCCAGAGCUGACUUCAAUAGCGGUAGCGGCAGUCGCUCAGGUUCAAUGGGUAUGACUCGAUCGAACUCGAGUAGUAGAAGUCCUAACGCCGCGCAGACGCCCGCGCCUGAGGCCACGCCCUCCGCGCCCGUGACCCAAGAGCCACUACCCGAAUCAAAGAAGAAAUCCGUCAAGACGCUCAUUAUGGACAAACUUGUCAAUCCCAACGAUGAAGAACUGGUGUCUGAAAUCAAACAAACCUUCCCUCCACAGUAUCAUGCCGCAGUAGUGACUGAAAUUCUUAAUGUUGCACUAGAAAAAUCAGCAAAAGAAACUUACGCAAUUGCUAAAGCACUUCAUCACCUGGUAUCGACAGGGACAAUAUCAUCUGACAAUUUCUUGAUGGGCAUGAAUGAAAUUCUGGAGUUUGCACCCGAUCUAUACAUAGAUAUUCCUAUGUUAUAUGACUAUUUAGGAAAGUUUAUAGCGCCACAUAUAGAGAAGAGGCAUAUCACAUUUGUACAGAUAUUUAGGUUGGGUGAACAGAUUAUAAAAGCAAACCACGGGCACAUGUUCUUAAAAACAAUAAUAAGAGAACUAAAGGAGAGCAUGGGACCAUUCUUUGUCAAAACAAAAUGGCAAGAGUCCGAGCUUGAGUUGAAGCAAUGGAUGGAUGAGGAUCAGAUUCCCAAAUGGAUAGAGGACAACAAGUUUGAAUUUUUGGAAGGUGGAAAUGCCAGUGAAGAUACUAAAAAGAUAUUGACACCUGUAGAAACUCAACGCAAACUUCUGCAGCUUAUGAAUGCCGAUGAGAACUAUGAAUGUAUACGAGGUUGGGUGCAGGACAACCUCGGCGCAUCGUCUAACGAAGAUUGGUUUAUGCGAGCGCUUAUUCAAGCGAUAUGCGAGCACGCACUCUACGGCAACGAGGGUCGCGACGUGCCACACUUUAGUCACGAGCGCAUGAAUAAGUUCGCUUCUCUUAUCAACGACUUUGGCGAAACACGCGAAGAGCGUGAAGCGAGCUGCCUCUUUGGCAUACAACAGCUAAUACACAGACUGGAACAUCCACAAGGACUGACAUUAGAGAUAUUCCAAUACCUACAUGAACAAUAUAUAAUUAGUGUUGAAGGAUUUAUAGCGUGGGAAAUAUCUGAAAAAGAGCCUGAAGGAAAAGCGGUAAUGCUAAAGGCGCUGACGUCAUUCUUCACAAACAUCAAGGAGGCAGAUAACGAAGAGUCUUGCAGCGAGGAC